AUGAUGACGAUGAUGAUGAGUCUGAUAAUGUUAAUGAUAGUGGUGACAAACACGACAACAGCCUCAGCACCAGACUCUGAGAUGGACAUUAAACCUGGAGUUGAGACCAGCUUGGCCAAACGAACCCUGCGCUCCUGCUACCAGCUGAGAUUCGGGGUCACAGAGGUUCCCUCUAACAUUUCCAGCAACACCCAGUUCCUGGAAGUUAAGCAGACGCAGAUCAGAGAGAUUUCCCAGGGCGCCCUCACCAGCCUGCAGCACCUCAGGAAACUCACCAUAACAGAGAACGAAAUGCUGCAGAGUAUUGGUGCAUCUGCCUUUGCCAACCUCCCUCGGCUCACUGACAUCUUCAUCUCUGAAAACGUUGCUUUGGAGACAAUUGGAGCUUUUGCUUUCUCCAAUCUCCCUGAGCUCACUGAGAUAACCAUAACAAAGUCAAAACACCUGAGCUACAUCCAUCCAGAUGCAUUCGGGAACAUCAUGAAACUACAGUAUCUGACCAUCUCCAACACCGGGCUGAGAGUUUUUCCAGACUUCACCAAGAUCCAUUCCGCGGCCCACAACUUUCUGUUUGACCUACAGGAGAACAGUCACAUACUGAGAGUCCCCUCCAAUGCCUUCAGAGGCCUCUGCACUCAAACUAUUGAGGAGAUACGGCUCACCAGAAAUGGCAUCAAGGAGGUGGCAAGUGACGCCUUCAACGGCACAAAGAUGCGCAGAUUGUUCCUAAGAGGCAACCAGCAGCUUACUAACGUCAGUCCCAAUGCCUUUGUGGGUUCCAGUGAGUUGGUGGUACUAGACAUCUCUCACACAGCCCUCAGCUCCCUGCCGAACUCCAUCCCCAGUGGGCUCCAGAGGCUGAUCGCAGAGUCUGUCUUCCACCUGAAAGAACUUCCUCCUCUGCAGCUCUUCGCCAAACUGCACCAGGCAAACCUGACAUACCCGUCACACUGCUGCGCCUUCCAGAACAUUCACAGGAACAGAUCAAGAUGGAACUCCCUGUGCUCCCACCCCAAGGCUCCGGAUAAUCUUCAUUUCUACAGAGACUACUGCUCCAACUCCACCUCCAUCACCUGCAGCCCAAUGCCAGAUGAUUUUAACCCCUGUGAGGACAUCAUGUCCUCCGUCCCCUUGCGGGUCCUCAUCUGGAUCAUCUCUAUCCUCGCACUGCUGGGGAAUGCAGUAGUGCUCCUUGUACUCUUAGGCAGCCGCUCCAAACUGACUGUUCCUCGUUUCCUCAUGUGCCACUUGGCCUUUGCUGACCUCUGCAUGGGCAUCUACCUGGCAGUCAUAGCAACCGUAGACAUUCUCACUCGAGGCCGAUACUACAACCAUGCCAUAGACUGGCAGAUGGGCCUGGGCUGCAGUGCUGCAGGCUUCUUCACGGUGUUUGCCAGUGAGUUGUCAGUGUUCACAUUAACAGCGAUCACCCUGGAACGCUGGCACACCAUCACACAUGCUCUGCGGCUCGACCGUAAGCUCCGCCUGAGACACGCAUGCAUCGUCAUGACAGCAGGUUGGAUCUUCUCAUCUCUGGCUGCUUUGCUGCCCACGGUGGGGGUCAGCAGCUACAGCAAGGUGAGUAUCUGCCUGCCCAUGGACGUGGAGUCUCUGGUGUCUCAGGUCUAUGUUGUGUCUCUCCUCCUCCUCAACAUCCUGGCCUUCUUCUGUGUGUGUGGCUGUUACCUCAGCAUCUACCUGACCGUCCGCAACCCCUCGUCAGCGCCGGCCCACGCCGACACCCGGGUGGCCCAACGUAUGGCUGUGCUCAUCUUCACUGACUUCCUCUGCAUGGCACCCAUCUCCUUCUUUGCCAUCUCAGCCGCCCUAAAGCACCCUCUCAUCACCGUCUCAGAAUCCAAGUUCCUGCUGGUCCUCUUCUACCCGAUCAACUCAUGCUCCAACCCCUUCCUGUACGCCUUCUUCACCCGCACCUUCAGACGGGACUUCUUUCUUCUUGCAGCUCGGUUUGGCCUGUUUAAGACCCGGGCGCAGAUUUACCGGACAGAGAGUUCGUCCUGUCAGCAGCCGGCGUGGACCUCUCCAAAGAGCAGCCACGUGAUGCUGACUCCUUGGCCAAUGCGUUGA